AUGGGCACCUUCCAGAAUUUGGAGGAGGUCACGCCCGUGAACUCUGGGGGCAAGCGUGGGAUCAACUUUGACGGAAGAGGUUGCCUUGUCCUUCCGCAAACUGUUCAGCUCGGGCACGAGUGGACGAUUUCAGUGUGGACCCUGGCUCCAAUUGAUGUCGGUGCUCGCACAUAUCGCGACCUUGUAGACUCGCCGAACUCACAAGAGCUCAUUGCGGUGAUUCUUGCUCGGGGUCGCUUGGGGAAUUACAACAGCAACUCGUUCGUGGAGGGCUUCAACGCGAGAGACUUGACUGACGGCUGGCAUCACAUUGCAGUUGUGGGCCGGCAGCGGAGAAGUACGUACUACAUUGAUGGGUUGCGAAUCGGCUCGAAGAGGUCUCAGGCGCGCGGCACCAUCGGCGUGGUGGGAAACAGCCGCGGAUGUAGAGAAGCUUGGGGAGUCAUGGCCGACUUUCAGAUGUUUGCGGUGGCCGCCGACGAUACCCAAAUAAAGGGGCUCUACGAAUCCGGAG